GAAGAUCCAGUAAUGCAGCCAACAGAGCACUACCACAGYCCGUUGUAUUCUCCUUAUUCUUCAGCMCCUUGCUACCUUUGCUUGUACGARAGACAYGCUUCRGCUGUAUAUAGAAGGCCACCAUGGGCAGUGCCCGAAAGAACCUCAGAAUCACAUCUCAAAUAUUCCGUSGGCUCUAUGCUUGGGAUGUCACCCCAUGCUGGGGCCCGACAUCUACCUAUAGGAUACUGGGUACCCCACAGCUCGAUGCAUCCUCAAGACUGGCCGAGGAGACCUAURGGAAGCCUUGGGGGUAGUGAGAGAGAUCGCGACAACGAAGAGGAAGAAAGUAGUAAUACUAAAAUGGUGUCUAAAGAUUCAAACUCAAAACCAACUGCGUCACCAACGCGWCAAACAGAAAUCAAAAAAAGACGAAAGAGGACGAUAUUCACUGCGGAACAACUACGUCGACUCGAGGACGAAUUUGACAAGCACCAAUAUCUAGUUGGAGUUGAACGACAGCAGCUCGCAUCAUCCUUAAGUCUCUCGGAAACUCAAGUAAAGAUAUGGUUUCAGAAUCGACGAAUCAAGUGGAGAAAAGACAACCUUCAGCAAUACCCUGACUAUAUGGCCGAGUCUUUACAAAUGCAUGGGAGGGCUAGGUCGAGCUCACCGUUGUAUAUGAAUGAAUAAUAUCUUAUUUAUAGUAACGAYGGAGUAAUUGAAGUAUUAAUUGAUACUUUUAGAGAAAAUAAGUGUAUAUAGGUCAGAAAUAAAUGAGAACGUCGCGCAAUUUGCUAAUAAUGACUAUCAUAUAAGCGUCAAUCGUUUGUAUAUAUAUAGAUAUUGCUUUUGAUUAUAAAAAGUCGGUGAGUUUUUUUCGUAACAACAAAAAUGUCCACUAGAUAACAAAACCAUGUAUGGAAAUAAACUAUGCAGUGAAAAAUAA